AUGAAUCAAACUAAAAUAUUUGAAACAAGAAAACGAAAAAGUUAAUCUGAAUCUGAAAUAAAGAAUAUUUGCUUCAUAACCUUUGAAUAUAUGCCAAUAGAAAAAUAUCCAAAUAAAAAAUCACAAUCAUAAGAAUAACUAUUAGAAUAUUCUAGUAUAAACCAUAUUUUUAUAGAAUCUAGGUGAUGAAGAUAGUCUAGAUGAUUAGUAGGGUUAAUUGGAUUGCCAAAUUAAUUCAAAUACUCUAAUAAAUUAUCAAUAGGUUCCAUCACUUGUAUCUAUUUAUACAUCUGAAAGUAAUAUAAGUGCUGAAGAAGAAUUUGAAAUUUGGGAUGAUAAUUCAGAUUUAAGAGUCUUAAAAAUUAUUUUAGAAGACUAAUAGCCAUCAAUAAGAUAAUUUUUAUAAUUGUACAAAGCAAGAUUUGGGUAUUUCUAUAAUAUAAUUUAAGUGGAUUUCCAGGACAGUAAUAAUGCAUAUAAAAUGAGGAAGUGAUAAAGACUGCUAUAAAUUAUGCCUCCACUAGUAAACAGUUAUUUAAGAAAUAUUUUCCAACAAAAAGGAUUGUUUUUGAAGAUGAUAUUGAUUAUUCUGAACCUUAUAAAAUAGAAGAAGAUCAUCAUUUUUAAACUUUCAAUGACUUUUUUAAAGGAAAGAGAGCUAAAUUAUUAAUGGACUUUUGA